UUAGGUUAGGUCAAGAGAGAUGAAUGAGAAUCGUGGGCUGAAUCCCGUAAAUAAACUUGAAGAAUGAAUAUGAUUUUAUUGAUGAGUUGAAAGAUGAUGAAUACAAAGGAAUAUAUCUUGUGAUGAUUAAAGAAUACGUAAUGCUUUUAAUCUAGUACAAAAGUUCAUCUAUCAAAAAAAAGAGAUCUGCCUUGUCUUUUAUCUUCUCCAUCUUUAUAUAGUCUAGGUUUCGUUGGCAACCCUUCAACUGUUCUCCUAGAUAUUUGGCUUCAAUUACGGAGCUCGCUUUAGGCUCCUCUUGACCGAGUCUCUUAAGGUGUUAGCUCACUUUCUGUCGUGACCUCUGCUAUGAUGUCUCCCAGGUCCAGUCGUCAGCUCGGCUUUCAGCUCCCUUUGUUAUGAUGGGCUUAUCGCAACCCACAUGCUAGCUCACGCUUAUCGGUACCUCACCUGAGGGUCAUAUUCGGGUCCAACAGUUGCCCCCAGCUUCCGAAUAAAAUCCUUUGUCUCGGAAGCUAGAAUCUAGCUAUCGAUCUUAUCUUUUCGUUAAGAUAAUGAUUAGUUCUUAUCCUAUUUAGAUUCAGCUUACUCGAUCUAACGGUCUUUAUUACGUUUGGCAGAAUCUAUGGUUCAGAUGGAGAGGGUUUGAAAUGACUUUUCCGAAUCUCGAGAGGUGAUGGGAUAUAAAGCGGUGAACAUUAACUGCUAGCCUUCCACUUUCUCCACGCCUCCGUUCGGUUUUCAAGAAAUCGAAGAUCCCCCGAAGCUCUCUACCAAGCUCACCAGGGCUCUAUACCGCAAGUUGCAACAGAGUCCCUGUACCUGGGUGGCCUACACCACUUCUCGAAUAAGUGCAGCCAGAUUCCCAGAUACCUACAACGCCUCUUUCCAAGAUCCCAUUCCUGCUGAGAACCUUGAGAUUUCGGCAGGCGAUUCGGUUGUAUCGAUCUCAACUGGUGCUAGUGCUUCGGGAACUGAAAAGUCUCAGCCAGGUGACAUGACUCUGCGACCGUCAUUCCGUUCUAGGGGUAACCCCUCUAAAGCUGCCAGUGCUUCUCGUGGAAGCGACAGGAACCAAGGAGGAUCGUUCCUUAUCUCAAUGAAGGAAGUUUUGGACGACGGAGGAUCCAAACCUGUUGUCGAGACUACUCCAACUGAGGUUGUAGCUCAGGAUGCUGCUCCUCUCCCUGAGGUCCAGGUGCCGGAGGCUGACUACCAGGCUCCGAAGGGUACCUCUGAGAUCGAGCCGUCGAGACACAAGAGGCCCAGGAUCGAUCAGGGCGGAGCUUCCAUCCGUUCUUCUUCCUCGUCCUCUAGAGGAGGGACUGUUGGGUGGAGCUUUACCCAUUCGAAGCCUGGGUCGAUCCUGGAUGACUCUUGGGGCCUAGCUGCGAUAAUGAGGCACCUGAAGAGCGUGGGAUGUCCCCUUCCAGCGCUCAAGGACCUGACUAACCGAGAUGAGUAUCUCGAUAUUGCCCACUGUAUGGGUCAGUUGGCUGGGGCUGUUAACAGGGCCCAGCUCAGGUUUGAGAAUGCUCUGUGUGCUGCCCCCAAUGCUGGUGAACUUGCUGAGGUUACCGAGAUGGUUAAGGCAGCCAAAACCGAUCUUGACCAAGCCCGGGUUCGAAUUUCUGAACUCGAAGCCGAAGUGACGAGGCUAGGCUCGAAGGCCGAUGCUCAGCAAGGAGAGAUCGAGAGUCAAAAGCUCGAUAUCCAGGUGAAGAGCAGGAGGAUCAAUGAUUUAGAGGCUGCUCGAAAGAUAGCUGAGCAUCAAGUACGUGAGCUCAUUGCCUCAUCCCGGGAUAGCCAGAAGAACAAGGAAGCUGAAGUCAAGCUGGCUGUCAGGGAAGGGAAGAAAGAAGUCGCCGAAGCUUACGGCAAGAUCCUGGUCUGUGUUAAGGAGAAGUUUGCUAGGAAGAAAGAUGAGGUCGACGCUUUGGUGUACGCUCAGGAGCUCCAAGCUAAUGCCGACCUCUUGAAGGAUAUGCUGAACAACAAGAUCCAAAGCGUUGAAGAGGAGUACAACCAAUUGGUGGCCUUAUUACCAGAAGCGACAACUGCGUAUGAGAAGGCUCAAGUCUCUGACUUCUCGGUCAGCAAGCUUCCUCUUCCCCAGAUCUCGGAGAGUUCAGGUACUUUCGAGAUUAACAUGUUUAAUCCAUCCUUUUCUGGGGAGUAUGGCUCUAAUUUGGGUUUGAUGGCUCCUGACUUAGCUCCAGUCGAGGCAGCAAUAGGAGGUGACGGCAAUGUGGUCGAUGAGGGAGUUCCUGCCGGUGCUGGUGAUCCGAUUCAGGAAGAGAAGGAAGAUUGAGAGCUACGGCUCUUUUAACUUUAUGUUUUGUGUUUUUAAGACUUCGGCCUAAGGGCUUUGUUUCGUUAUGUUUUGUGACUUAGUGCCUGAGGAGGCCUUUAAACCUUAACGCUUGCUGGAUUUCAAUAGCCUGGGGAGGUUUUUAAACCCUUUCUUAUGUUUAAAUCGUGGCUAUUAUUUCUGUUUUAAGUUUUUGAACUUAACCUCGUUUCAUUUAAUCAUAGUGAUUGCGAAUCUCA